AUGGGUACACUUCGAGACCUGCAGUUUGCCCUACAGCUGAAGAUUGAGGAGCGUCACCAGAGGGAAACACUCAUUGAUGAGCUAGAGCUGGAGUUGGAUGCCAAGGAUCACUUGAUUCAUGAACUGGACCCCUACAUGGCCAUCAUCACAUCCCCAGGGUCUUCUGGGGACAGCAGGAGCGCUGCCACCCUGCUGUCGUGGGGGACGCCACAGACUGCCAUCAUCAUCCUUCAUCAUCCUCCUCUGAAGGAGCUCAAACAGAAGCUGCACUGCCGCUCCUACCAGGUACAGCUUAAGACCAACAUCAACUGCCUUUUCACCAUGAGGGUGUUGAGGAAGCAUCAGAUUCUUAUGGUUGGUCAACAGGAGCGCAUCCUCAGGGAAAGACACAUCCUCAUGGCAGCUCAUAGUCCAUUCAUCGUGAGGCUACACCGUACCUUCGGAGAUGCGAAGUGCUUGUACAUGCUGGCCGAAGCUUGUCUAGGUGGUGAGCUUUGGAGUCUACUGAAUAACAGAGGCUCGUUUGAUGACAGCAGCACAUGUUUUUACACUGCCUGUGUUGUUGAGGCCCUCAUCUUCUUGCACCACAACGAUAUCAUCUACAGGGACUUGAAGCCUGAAAAUGUAGUUCUGGACCAGUGCGGAUAUGCCAAAGUGAAAGUGGGCUUGGGAAAGAAAAUGUGGACGUUCUAUGGCACGCCUGGCUAUGUUGCCCCUGAGAUAAUCCUAAACAAGGGCCACAGUGUAUCUGUAGAUCUCUGGUCUCUGGGCGUCUUCGUGUUUGAGCUGCUGAGUGGAAGUCUCCCAUUCUGUUGCCCUGAUCCUAUGAAUACGUUCACAGCUACCAUCCGUGGGAUUGAUCUGGUUGAAUUCCCUAAAACCAUCAGAACAACCCCGCAGAGACUUGGGAAUCAUAGAAAUGACUCCAAGGACAUCAAGAAGCACAAGUAA